GUUUUGUCUCAGAGAAAGUCAAUGUUGUCCCAUUUUGUCUCAGAGAAAGUCAAUGUUGUCCCGUUUUGCCUCAGAGAAAGUAAAUGUUGUCCUGUUUUGCCUCAGAGAAAGUCAAUGUUGUCCCGUUUUGCCUUGUCCCGUUUUGCCUCAGAGAAAGUCAAUGUUGUCCUGUUUUGUCUCAGAGAAAGUUAAUGUUAUCCCGUUUUGCCUCAUAGUCAAUGUUGUCCCGUUUUGCCUCAGAGAAAGUCAAUGUUGUCCUGUUUUGUCUCAGAGAAAGUCAUUGUUGUCCCAUUUUGUCUCAGAGAAAGUCAAUGUUGUCCCACUUUGUCUCAGAGAAAGUCAAUGUUGUCCCAUUUUGUCUCAGAAAGGUGUCAUUGUUGUCCCGUUUUGCCUCAGAGAAUGUCAAUGUUGUCCCGUUUUGCCUCAGAGACAGUCAC